AUGCGAUUGACAAAUUUGCUUGCAGGUAAGCAAUUUUCGUGUUUUGGUGUGAAGAUUUCGCUAUUUUUUUGCGAAAAACAUAUAAAUCUUCGUGAUUCUUUAUUUCUUGUGAGAUCGUCGCAAUUUUUGUGCCAAAAAUCCACGUGGCAAAAAAUAUCUUUUUUCAACAAAAACUUUCAGCAUAGAUUAAAAUUUAUUCCAGCCUCUCAACAUUUCAAACUUCUAAUAGUUGGUGGAGGAUCCGGCGGCCUUGGAACAGCUUCAAAAUUCGCAAAAUGCGGAUCAGUGGGAAUUAUCGAACCACGCGAAAAACACUUCUAUCAACCCGGUUUCACUCUAGUUGGCGGAGGUUUGAUGAGUUUAGAGGCAAAUGUUAAAAAUGAAGCAGAUUUGAUACCGAAGAACACAACUUGGGUGAGAGAUAAGGUCAAGAAAUUUGAGCCUAAGGAGAACAAGGUUAUUUUAAGGUGAGUCUAUUUGAUUGUUUUUUUUGCCACGUUAUAUUUAAUUUUAGGUCUGGAGGUGAGAUAAGUUACGAUUAUAUGGUUGUUGCUAUGGGUAUCGAUUUACGAUUUGAUCUCAUUAAAGGAGCAUUGGAAGCACUAGAAACUCCUGGAGUUUGCUCAAAUUAUCACCCAAAAUAUGCGCAAAAACAUUUUCAAGAAGCUAUGAAAUUUCAAAAAGGCACAGCAUUAUUCACUUUUCCAAACACCCCAAUCAAAUGUGCUGGAGCACCUCAAAAAGCCUGUUAUAUCACAGAUUCUCUGUUGAGACAGAGAGGAGUUCGGCAAAAUGCAAAGAUUAUUUAUGCGACAAGUUUACCUCGAUUAUUUGGAAUUGAAAAAUAUUUGAAAUCUUUGGAAAAAAUUGCAAAAGAGAAGGAUAUUGAUGUUAGAACUAGAUGGAAUUUAGUAGAAGUCAAAGCGAAAGAGAAAAUUGCGGUUUUCGAGAUGCUUGAUGAGCCUGGGAAGUUAGAAGAAGUUCAAUAUUCUCUUCUACAUAUUGGUCCACCGUGCAGUGCACCGGAAGCUUUGAGAAAUUCGGAACUUGCUGAUGAGAAGACUGGAUUUUUGGAUGUGAAUCCGAAAACUUUGCAAUCGACGAAAUUUGAAAAUGUGUUUGGUGUUGGAGAUUGUAUGAAUACGGCGAAUGCAAAGACUGCAGCUGCUGUUUCGUCGCAUUUGAAAACCGUGGGAAUGAAUUUGAAAGAUGCGAUGGAGGGAAGAAGUUGUUUUAGUGCAGAGGUAAGAACUUCUUUUUGAAAAUAAAAUCGAACUAUAUCUGAAAUCACACAUUGAUUUUUAGUACGAUGGCUACGCUUCAUGCCCCCUUGUUGUUAGUACAAAUCGUGUAAUUCUCGCAGAAUUCAAUCCUCAAGGAGCCUGCGAAACUUUCCCAUUCGAUCAAUCCAAACCUACGUAAGCCUAAUAUUUUUCACUGAUCACAAAACGUCUGUUUUUUCUAGAUAUAUUGCCUAUCUCAUGAAACGCUACUUCAUGCCAUUUUUAUAUUGGAAUGGUUUGAUCAAAGGACUUUGGAAUGGUCCAGCAACAAUUCGCAAAUGUUUUUCGUGUGUCAAAAAAUCAUAG